AUGGCACCCUACAACUACUCCCACCUCCGAGCGCCGGCGAGGGCAAAGGAGCCCUUCUAUGCCACCUCUGAAUUCUGGACGGACAUCAACCCAAUUCCCUUGAUGGAGGGCGCACCCCAGGCGCCUUCAAAACCUGGUGAGGAUCUACCGACCCAAUCUGCCCCUGCACUAGCCACCAUUGCGUACUCGAAGCGCUAUCUAGAAGCCAUGUCCUAUCUCCGUGCGGUGAUGGCACAGAACGAGUUUUCGGAGCGGUGUCUCGCGUUGACGGAGGAUAUCAUUGGCAUGAACCCUGCCCACUACACCGUGUGGCUGUACCGGAUGAAAUGUCUACGUGAGCUCUGGGGCGUCAAUACACAGGAGACAGAACAGGUCGCGGAGAACGAGAAGAAGAUCGAAAUGGGCGUCGAUGGUGAGCUGGAGUGGCUUGAGAGCGUCAGCGAGCGCAACCUAAAGAACUAUCAGAUCUGGCACCACCGCCAAUCUCUUCUCUCCCUGCUACCCGAAUCAAGUGUCCUCCCACCUUCCGAGAUCUCCUUUCUUGCCCACAUCCUCUCCUUCGACGCCAAGAACUACCACGUCUGGACCUACCGCCAAUGGCUCUGCCGGCGCUACGCGUCCACCCUGCUCGUCGACCCUUCUCCAGAGCUCAUCGAGAUGGAGAAGCUACUCAACGAUGACUGCCGCAACAACUCCGCCUGGAGCCACCGAUACUUUGUGGUUUUCGGGCUCGAGGAGUUGGAGUUGAUGGAGAAGGGGGACAAGGUGAGGAAGGAGAUACUGGAUGAGGGUCUCCUGCCGGUGGAUGAGGCGGCCGUGGAGAGGGAGAUCGCGUAUGCCAAGGAAUGGAUCGAGGUGGCACCGCAGAAUCCAAGUCCGUGGAACUAUUUAAGAGGGGUUUUGAAGCGGGCGGGCAGAAAUUUGCAGAGUGAGAGGGAGUUCUGUGAGACUUUUGUGAGGCCGGCGGGCGAAGAGGGCGUCGAGUUGGAUUUCGAGGGCGACGCAGUCCGGAGCAGUCACGCGAUCGACUGGUUGAGUCAGGCGUACGUGGAACAGGGCACAGAGGAAGGCAAAGAGAAGGCGAGGCGAUGUCUACAGGCGCUGGGAACCAAGUGGGAUAUCAUCAGGAAGAACUACUGGGACUAUCGAGCAAAGGGACUCUAG